AUGUUCUUCAGCAAUCCUAUUUUGAAUGCCAACUAUUUUUGUGGUUACAUGGGCUUACAAACAUCUUGGUGUAAAUUGUUUCGUUCAAGGCCUUAUAACAUAAUAGUGAAGGCUGGUCUUUUGCCACAAGUACUUGGUGCAUUAAACUCAAAAAUUAUAGAGUUGUCAAAAGUGAAUGUCAUUUUAGCCCUUUUGUUUACAACGCACUUUCAUCAGGUAAGUAAAAGAACAGAAAAACAGGAAAUUAAUAAAUGGUCUGGCCUACUACAACUUGUAGAAUAG